AGACGAGCUCUGCUUUGCUUCCCUACGCUCUCCACCCUGGUAUCCACGCCCACCGUCCACCGCCAGCACCCCUCAGCCAGUCCUCGUCCUUUCUCGCCAACCGCCAUGUCGCCCUCGAUUGUCCCGCCUGCCGGCAUCGCGACGGGCUUGAUGCGCCUCACGUGGGCUCCUGAGCAGACGCCCGACGACCAGGCCUUCGAGCUCAUGCGCACGGCCAUCCAGGCUGGAUCCACUUCGUUCAACAGCGGCUACUUCUACGGCAACGCGCCCGCCGUCACCGCCAACUUGAAGCUCCUGUCGCGCUUCUUCGACGCGCACCCGGACCUCGUCGACAAGGUCUACAUCUCGGUCAAAGGCGGCCUCGGCGAGGGCAUGACGCCCAACGCCGACGUCGACUUCCUGCGCAAUCAGGUCAAGGAGGUCAACUCGAUCCUCAAGCACCGCAAGAUGGACCUGUUCGAGAUGGCGAGGGUCGACAAGGCGACCGGCAUCGAGCAGACCAUGAAGAACCUCCUCAUCUUGCGCGACGAGGGCCUGUUCCGCGACAUCGGCCUCUCCGAGGUGUCCGCCGAGACGAUUCGCAAGGCCGCCGCUGUCGGGCCUGUCGCCGCCGUCGAGGUCGAGUACUCGCCUUUCGCGCUCGAGAUCGAGGAGAACGGCGUUCUCGCGACCUGCAAAGAGCUCGGCGUCCCCAUCAUCGCGUACAGCCCUCUCGGCGCCGGCUUCCUCGGCGCCAACUGGAAGAGCAAGGACGACCUGCCCGAGGGCGACAUGCGCCGUCACUUCGACAAGUUCUCGGACGAGCACUUUGAGCACAACAUGCAGCUCGUGCGCAAGCUCACGUCAAUCGCCGAGAAGAAGGGCGUCACGCCGGCGCAGCUCUCGAUCGCCUGGGUCCGUGCACAAGGCGCCGUGCCUCUGCCUGGCUCGACCAACCCGGAGCGCGUCAAGCAGGCCAUCGAGGCGGGCAAGAUCGAGCUGUCCAAGGACGAGCUUGACGAGAUCCGCAAGGUCAUCGACAGCGUCGAGGUCAAGGGCGUUCGUUACGCCAAGAACCCGCACAUGCAGGCGAUGCUCUUUGGCUAGACGCUCUCGGGCGAGUGUAGCAGUGUGUCCUGCAGUCGAAUCGAGCAGUUUCAGUUCUCUAGGCC